AUGACGCUGACCCCAACGCUUCGUCGACCACGGCACGCAUUUCUUUCGCCUUCACCUGUGCUUCCCCGACGUCACGUUCCAUCACUGAUUCGGCUGUCACCCUAUCGCCCCGAGAAAUCUCGUCGAUUGCUCUGUGCCUGCUUGAAAAGCGCUCGCCCCGACACCGAUCCGGCGAGUCAAUACGUUCCGCUUCAUGUCCAUUCCGACUUCUCCCUUUUGGAUGGUGCCAGCCAAUUGCCAUCACUUGUCCAAAGGGCCGCCGAAUUGGGUGUUCCUGCAUUGGCACUCACGGACCAUGGUGUGCUUUACGGGGCAAUUCAGCUUGUUCGUACCUGCACCAAGGCUGGCGUCAAGCCUAUCAUUGGCAAUGAGAUGUACAUCAUCAACGAUACGUUUGAUGCCGAACCGUCGGAGGAAUUCGGAAAGCAGAAGGCACCUAAACGAUAUCAUUUGAUUGUUCUCGCCAAAAACACAAUUGGCUAUCGCAAUCUUGUUAAGCUUACGACGAUGGCGCAUCUUUCGGGAAAGCAUCGCGAAGGCCUUAUCGUGUCAAGCGCUUGUUUAGGAGGUGAGAUUCCGCAGGCCAUACUCAAUGACGAUAUAGAAUCAGCGGCUACAGUUGCGACUUGGUACAGGGAUGUAUUCGGAGAGGAUUUCUAUCUUGAAAUCCAGGACCAUGGGAGUGCAGAGGACAAGAAAGUGAAUCCGUGCAUGGUUGAACUUUCUCGAACUCUCGGUAUCAAGGUUAUCGCCACAAACGAUAGUCACUUUACCAACUGCCUUGACGCGGAAGCACAUGAUGCUCUGAUCUGCAUACAGACUGGUAAGCUUCUAACUGAUGAGAAUCGUCUACACUAUGCUGGCAAUGAAUACUUCAAAUCUGUCGAGGAGAUGCGAAAGUGUUUUACUGAUCACCUGCCGAGAGAAGCCAUUGACGAGGCUUUAUACAAUACCAUUCAUGUUGCGGAGAAGGUGGGUAAGUAUGACCUGUUUGGGGAAACGAGAAUCCCAGACUUCCCCAUUCCUGACGGAUUCGGAAAGUCACACAACAGCUAUUUGAAACUUGUGAGCCGUGAAAAUUUGAGAAGCAGAUUGGACGCUAGGGAAAAGGCUGGGCUGGUAGACCCCGAAGCCGAGCCGCAAUACUUUGAAAGACUCGAAUUUGAACUAAACAUGAUCUGCCAGAUGGGCUUCUCAUCCUACUUUUUGGUUGUGUGGGACUAUGUGAGACAUGCGAAAGAGCUCGGGAUCCCGGUCGGUCCAGGGCGUGGGUCUGCUGCUGGUUCUUUAGUAGCUUUUGCUUUGAGAAUCACAGAUGUCGACCCGAUUCCGUUCAAUUUACUGUUCGAGCGAUUUUUGAAUCCUGAGCGGAAGAGCAUGCCCGAUAUUGAUACGGAUUUUUCAGUCAGAGGAAGGGAAAAGAUCAUUGCUUAUGUCAGCGAUCGAUACGGGAAGGACCGAGUUGCCCAGAUUAUUACGUUUAAUCGGCUAACCAGCAAGGCAGUUUUGAAAGAUGUCGCCAGAGUACACAGCGUUCCGUACUCUGAAGCAGAUCGUCUAGCUAAGCUUAUUCCGGUUGUUCGGGGGAAACCUGCAACACUCUCCGCAAUGCUCUCUGACAAAACACCAAGUCGAGACUUUAGGCAAAUGGUUGAGCAAAACUCGAGUUACCAGACCUGGAUCGACAAGGCCAAGCGAAUUGAAGGUACAAAUAAAACCUACGGCAUUCAUGCUGCGGGCGUCGUCAUUUCAGCGUCUCCUUUGACUGAUAUCGUGCCGUUGAGUAGGGCAAAACAUGGUGAAAUGAUCACGCAGUAUGCGAUGGAAGAUGUCGAGGAUCUUGGUCUGUUGAAAAUGGAUUUUCUGGGGCUUAAGAACCUUACCGUGAUUGAAACAGCAUUGGAGUUCAUCAGAGAUGGAAGAGCGAAAUGUGGGAUUCAUGAAGAGCUAGACUUCUCCGUUGAUUCUCUCCCGCUUGACGACGAAAAGACGUACCGUCUUCUGGCGGAGGGUGAGCUGGAUGGAAUAUUUCAGUUAGAUGCCUCUGGUGGUAUGAGGGCGAUUGUGAGGGAGUUGCGCCCUUCUAGUCUGGAAGAUAUUUCAUCAAUACUUGCCCUGUACCGACCAGGUCCUCUUGACGCCGGCUUGAUCCCGAAGUUCAUCCGACGAAAACACGGAAUCGACCCGAUUGAGUAUGACCAUCCUCUGCUGGAACCAAUACUCUUGGAAACUUAUGGCAUCAUGGUGUACCAAGAACAGAUCAUGCGUAUAGCGCGGGACUUAGCGGGCUACAGUUUAGGCCAAGCAGACAUCCUGCGGCGAGCGAUGGGGAAGAAGAAGACAGCUGACAUGGAGAGGGAGCGUCCUAGAUUUGUGGAGGGCGCAAAGGAAAGAGGGCUCUCAGAAGAAAAGGCAAUCGAACUCUUUGACAUGAUGAUCAAAUUCGCGGAAUACUGUUUCAACAAAUCCCACUCAACUGCCUAUGCCUAUCUCACCUACCAAACCGCUUAUCUGAAGGCAAAUUAUCCGGUCGAGUAUUCGGCAGCCCUUUUGAGGUCGAACAUGAAUCAAUCUGACAAACUCGUCAGGUAUUUGGCUGAUGCGAACACAUCGGGCGUUCGCGUAGCUCCCCCGUGCGUGAAUAGGUCUGACUUGGGUUUCACGGUAGAUCGCAGCGAGACAAGUAGUGGAAUCGUCCUUUUUGGUCUAGAGGCCGUCAAAACUGUUGGAGGAUCAGUGGGCCAUGCACUGUUGGAAGAAAGAAACGCAAGGGGCACUUUUAUGAAUAUCAUUGAUCUUGUAGAACGGGUGAACCUGCGUGUUCUUAACAAGAGGGCUAUGGGUGCACUGAUCAAAGCAGGUGCCUUUGACAGCCUUCAUUCAAAUCGGAAAGUUCUGCUAGAUUCUCUUGACGGUAUUCUCGUCCUUCGGAGAAAGCUCAGAGAUCGGCAGAAGCGCCGACAGACAAAAGGCUUAUCCGACGAGGAAAUGGAAAAGGCAAAGGAGGCUGAUGUAUUGCUUUGGGAGGAAGCCGAGAUGCAACUAACUAGAGACAGCGAAAAGCGACUGGCUGGGGAGAAAAUCACGUUGGGGUUCUACGCUUCUGGGCAUCCUCUUUUCAACCUGCAAGAGAUUCAAAAUGCUUAUGAAUCAUCAAAGCCCGGUGGGAAUCAUUCGAUACCGGAUGGAAGUGAAGUUGCCAUUCUAUCGUGUGUGACUGAACUGAAAAGAAUCACGACGGCGAAAGGUAAGAAAAUGGCGAAGUGGGUGUCUGAGGAUUCCUCAGGACGACUAGCCACCGUCGUGUUCCCGGGGUCAUACGACAUCAUGGAACAGAUCAUUCAAGAUAGCUAUUGUGUCGAGACAGAAGGGUCGGCGCCAGAAGCACAAGCGGUCGGAGAUGGGCCCGUUGUCUCAAAGGCUUCCAUGGUCGUAGAAGAGGACGCCCGGGUCAUUGUUUGGGGAAAAAUUGAUCGCGAAUCAUCCGGAACUGCUCAGAUCAUUGUUGAUGACGUGCAAAGAGCAAACGGUGUUAAGGCAAUAGUAGCAACGGCGCCUUUCAGCAAGAUGAGGUCUCCCUUGACACAACUGCAAGUACUUCGACAAACAGCUGCAAAAUUACUUGAAGUUGAACUUUCGAAGCCGAGAUUCAGCUCAUAUGUAGAUGCCAACGGCGAACUCAGGAAGAGGCGUUGGUCAAAAGCUGUUCCUUUGAACAAGAAGAACCGGGUACCACUGGUGCUUGAGUGUGUUGAUGGCGAGGGGAAGGUUGUUUCACUGGCGAACGCAGGGAAUAGCCUCAGAUUUCCCCUUGACUGCGAAGAUUUGCUGCAGUCGCUUCGGUCAAGCACCGGUUUUGAAAUAGAGAUGAGAUCGUUUGGCGAAGAUCACAUCAAAAGGGACACCGAAGGUCGAGGCCAGAAUACCAGGCAAGCCCAAAAAGAUGAAACAGUAGAUUCCCACGCGGCAAAAUCAAGCCAAUCGGUUUCAGGUGGAACGAGUCGGAUCAGCAUUCCUUCCGCUGCAACCGAUGUCUCGCUUGACUUAGUCUCGGCGACGACAGACUCGAUGUCAGAGAUUUCGAAUCAGGUAGAAACUAUACCCGAGAUUUCACCAAGUCCAGCCUCAGAGAAGACUACAGUGGAUAUUAAUUCAGACGGGAAUGGUGACUCUGUUGCCGAAGUACUAGAAGAACCGCGACCAAAUGUAUCUGUGAUGGGCGUCAAUCUGACACCAGCUGAGCACGCGGAAUUCUUGACUGCGUCCAAGCACCUUCGGGAACGCAAAUUCGAGCAAACUCUAACGCCAGUCACUGCGACAAAUAGGCUAGAAGCGUCUUUGUUGGCCAGUACUCGUAUGGGGCGUCAUGCUCGUCGUGAUGCCAAGAGCCAACGCGCAUAUGCCCAGGCUGCUGUCCAACCUGACUUCAGACGAGAGCGAAUGAGCAAGCCGAUUGAAGGAGGGUCUAUUCAUGGGGGGCCGCUUGUCUCUUCAGCACUUCAAACUACGCUGAACCCCGUUAGUGCCUCCUUGGCGGGAGAUAGAGAUGAUAUCGCCUUGGAAAAGAAAGGGGACGAGACCGAACGUGAAAAGUUUCCUAGAAAUAACAACGUAACAGCUAAGGUUGCUGUGCGUUUCAUGGAAAGGUCUUUGUCGCUUCCGAGCACAUUGCGAAACACCUCUAACGGCAGCAAGUUCGAAAAUGGAGUAUCAGUGAAACUGCCUCAGACCCGGGCAAACGCAGAUCAUUUUCCUGAGACGGACAAAGUCGAUGCAAUGCUUUCAGCAUCCUUUGAGAAGAACACACAGGAUGGACUCGAGGUGUCGUAUGACAAGAUCGGUUUUCAUGGCCUACUGGAUGCCAUCGCUUUGGUCGCUGGGGAGACAGCAAGGACCAAAACUGGCUCCAAAUGUUCUGUUUGUGGCGUGAGCGGACUGGAUAUCACCAAGUUAAGUGAAACCGGUAUCUCAUUGAAGGUGUCAGGACAUAUUGGAUACACAAAAGGACAAAUUGUGUAUGUCUUGGUAGACGUACGAGAGACAAAACCGAGUGGGAAACGGAAAAGGGUAAGGUCAUUCGAUCAUGUUGUUUGCAUGCUGCAGGCAGAAACGGAGCUGGAGGCUGUCACCCUUAAAUCUAAAAAGUCUGUGAAGCGAGUAGGUAUCGCGAGACUGCGACUGGAAAAAUCAGCUACAGACGGAUGUACGGAAGUCCAUGCCGACGACCCACAAAAGAUAUCUUCAAGGGCGAGGAAGACGAUCGUCAAGAGCUCAAAUGCCGACUUCAUGGUGACAACGGUCUAUAAAGGCGGCGAGUUUCUCAAUCUGCAAGACGGAGGGCAGAUUCUUUCCAGCUUGUCCCGUGCAGCUCAGAUUUGUCUGAACAGAGCUUUACACCAAGAUGAUGGGUCCUUUGUUACGAGUUUAGAUGGCUUCGUGGUAGACGAUCCGAAGGUGUUGAGCAUGGGUGCCCAACCACUGGUGACUGGGGCCUCUCUCUCGAUCCGUGUCCAUUUAGAGGGCACCUGCUACGCAACGAGCAAAGUCCAAGCAGAGGCAUUGGUGAGAAUCAAUGACAAGGGGUCAACGUCCUGUCAAGCAAGUUUUAGGGUGCUUUCCCGGAAACACGAUCGUAUGCGCUCAGUUGGAGUGGUUGCAAAUGAAGACCCGCUGUUUGAUGGGGCGCAGAUAUCAGACUUCUUUCGCCUGCAUGCGGAAUCACGGUGCAAACCGCAGGCAUCCUAA